AUGGAAGAAAUCGUAAAUAUUCAAAAACCUAUAAUAUUUGAUGAAUCAGUCACUCAUUAUGAGCUUCAUACUCAUUUGCCAUAUGGCGCUUCAAAAUUUAAUAAUAGUGAUGAAAUAAGAAUUGGAGUUCAACAUCAAGACUUGUGUUUAUUACCAAGUAAAAGUUCACUCCAUAUUACGGGAAAAUUUACAAAAAGUAAUGCAACCGCUGUUGCUGCUACAACUUCUCUUGUUAAAAUGUCAAUUGCUCAUAUGUUUGAAGAAAUUCGUUAUGAAAUAAAUGGCAUUGAAGUCGAUCGUAGUAAAAAUGUUGGUUGGAUAGACGAUGAAAAAAUAUUUGAUAAUGAAGGAAAUUUUAAUAUAUCAAUUCCAUUGAGUAUAUUAUUAGGUUUUGCUGAAGAUUAUCGUAAAAUAAUUAUUAAUGCAAAGCAUGAACUUAUUAUUGUGAGAUCAAAUACAAAUACAAAUGCAUAUAAACAGACAACUGUUGCUGACGCUGCUGCCGAAAACGUAAAAAUUAGUUUGGAAAAGAUUGAGUGGAUAGUGCCGUAUAUACGAGUGUCAGACAAACAAAAAAUUCAAUUGCUUAAUUUUAUUGCAAAAGAUCCAUCUAUAGCAAUGAGUUUUUGUACUUGGGGACUGUAUGAUUAUCCUUUGCUACCAGCAACAACAAAGCAUAUUUGGAGUGUUAAAAUAUCAACACAACUUGAAAAACCACGAUACGUCAUCGUUGGUUUUCAAACAGCACGAAAAAAUGUUGCAUAUAAAGAUGCCAGUCUUUUUGAUCAGUGUAAGAUGAGAGAUAUUAAACUUUUCUUGAAUUCUCAAUCAUAUCCAUAUGGUAAUUUUAAUAUUAACAUAACACAAAACCAAUAUGCUUUAUUAUAUGACAUGUUUGCUCAAUUUCAAGUUUCGUAUUAUGGAAAAGAGUCAGAACCAUUAUUAACAAAAAAAGAAUACAUAGAUCAGGCUUCUCUUAUUGUAAUUGAUUGUUCAAAACAAAACGAAUUUUUAAAAUCUGGACCCGUUGAUAUACGACUUGAAUUCGAAUCAUUCGAACAGUUUCCCGCUGAAACAUCGGCUUAUUGUUUAAUAUUACAUGAUCGCAUUGUUGAGUACAAUCCAACCAGUGGCUCCGUCAGAAAAUUAGUUUAA